AUGGACACACAAAUCGAGCAAGCGAUCGAGCUGGCCUUCGAUCCACGCACCGACCAAAACCUCAAAGCUCAAGCCUAUGAAUUCCUGAACCGACUUCGCGAGGAUGCCAAUGGAUGGCAGGUAUGCCUGGCCGUCUUCGUCAAAGAUCCUCCCAGCUCAGAGGUCGUCCGGGUGGUCUGUCUCGAGCUCGUCAACAAUGCGGUCCAGACCCAGGGCAUUGGACAGGCGGGCCUGAACCAAGUCCGACACCAACUGAUGGAUUAUAUCCGCCGACGAUAUGCACCCAAUACGACACAAUACGACCCGCCGGGUAUCCAGAACAAAGUCACCCAGACCAUUACUUAUCUCUUCACCUCAUUAUAUGCGUCCGAUUGGCCGAACUUUUUUGAUGAAAUGCUCGCCCUCACCACCGCCAGUCCGGAGACUGGAGCGGCAAAUCCUGCUGCUAUUCUAAUGUUUCUCCGACUUCUCAGCUCGAUCCACGAUGAAAUCGCCGACUUGUUGAUCCCCCGCAGUCGAGAAGAGCAGAAACGGAACAAUGAUUUGAAAGAUUUGGUUAGGGCGCGCGAUGCAAACAAGAUUUCGGGAACGUGGCAGAACAUCCUGACAAAUUGGAGAUCGACAGACUUGCUUUUGGUCGAGAUGUGUCUGCGGACAAUCGCCAAGUGGGUAAGCUGGAUCGACAUUAGCUUGGUCAUCAACGAGCAGAUUCAGGGCGCUCUGCUAGAAAUCGCGGGCCAGCAAGGCUCGAUUUCUGCAGACAGUAAAGAAGCCAAGGCUCGCGAUGCUGCAAUCGACACCUUUUCGGAGACGGUGGGGAAGAAGAUGGCGGACAAUGCUAAGAUUCAAUUGAUCGGGUAUCUCAACCUCGCCAACGUUGUCGGACAGCUAGUCGCCAGUCCAGCCUUGUCAGAAUUACAAGGAUCGGCAGAGUACGAUACUGACCUGGCAGAGGCUGUCGCCAAACUUGUCAACAACGUCGUGUUUGAUGUGGUCAAGGUUCUCGAUUCGGACAACGUGGACGACUCAACCCGAACAGUUGCAGACCAGUAUCUUCAAACAUUCGUACCCUUCGUCCUGAGAUUUUUCUCGGAUGAGUACGACGAGAUCUGCUCCGCCGUGAUCCCCUCUCUGACGGAUAUGCUCACUAUGUUCCGCAAGACGGUCAAAGCGAGAGGCAGCCUCCCUGAAAAUUACGCGGUCAUGUUGCAACCAAUUCUCGACAGCAUCAUCAUGAAGAUGAAAUACGAUGAGACCGCGUCUUGGGGCGACGAAGAUGAACAGGAAGACGAAGCGGAAUUCUCAGAGCUUCGCAAACGAUUGCAUGUACUACAGCAGACUGUGGCUGCCGUUGACGAAAAGAUCUAUACCGACACUCUGAGUAAUUUGGUAGGACACACUCUCAGCAGACUGAAAUCUCCGAACGACAAACCAAAUUGGCGGGAUCUGGAUCUUGCUCUGCUUGAAAUGCAUCACUUUGGCGAGCUGGCCAUUAAAAACGGUGGCAUCUAUACCAAGAGCAAACCGUCCUCCGAAGCAUCCGGAAGAUUGGUGGAAAUGAUGACGACUCUCGUCGAUUCUGACUUGGCUUCAUAUCCUCAUCCCGCAGUGCAACUGCAAUACAUGGAAGUCUGCGUUCGAUACGUGCAAUUCUUCGAACAUAAUACUGCCGGCACGCCGAAAGUCUUGGAAAGCUUCGUCCGCCUUGUCCAUAGCGAUCAUGAUAAGGUCCGACUACGAGCAUGGUAUUUAUUCCAACGCUUUAUUCGACACCUCCGAACACAACUCAGCGAGUAUGCCCAGACGGUGGUGCAAGCCAUCGCAGAUCUUUUGACCAUCCGCGCCGAAGUCCCUGCCGAUCGUGACGACGACGAUGUCUCCUCGGAGGAUAAUGGCCGCUCGGCCGAUGCCGUCUUCACAAGUCAGCUCUAUCUCUUCGAAGCAAUUGGUACGGUCGCCUCUGGUCGACAAGUUCCGACCGAAACCACUGCUGCCAUUGCGCGAUCUGUUAUUGAACAGCUCUCUCUUGACCUUAAUAAUAACUUGGUGGCUGCAAAAGGCGGCGACGCCAGGGCUACCCUGCAGAUACACCAUGUCAUCAUGGCUUUGGGAUCUCUUGCAGCCGGCUCCUCUGAUUGGCAGCCCGGCGUGACCUCCCAUGGCUCGCCACCUGCCGUUGAAGUCUCGCGAGAAUUUGUGAACGCGAGCAAUAGCAUCCUUGUGGCCCUGGAGAAUCUCAAAAACCAGUCGGAUAUCCGCGCGGCCGCUCGUCAUGCGUUCUCCCGAUUACUCGGCGUUCUCGGCUCACAGGUCCUACCACAGCUACCACGCUGGAUCGAUGGCCUCUUGUCGUCCGCAUCGACCAAUGAUGAAAUGGCCAUGUUUCUGCGCACUCUCGGCCAAGUCGUCUACGGCUUCAAAGGUGAAAUCUACAACAUCCUCGACCAGCUCCUCUCACCGCUCUUCCAGCGUGUGUUUGCUGGCUUCUCUCAGCCUCUGACCGGAACCGAUGACGAGAUCCAAAUGCGCGAGUUGAAACAACAAUAUCUCGGGUUUGUCCUUGUCAUCCUCAACAACGACCUUGCCGCCGUCCUUGUCAGUCCCUCCAACCAAGCCACCUUCGACCCAUUCAUCACCUCCAUCACCAAAUUCUCCUGCGACCCCUCCGACCCCUCAAGUGCCCGCUCCGCCUUUUCCGUCCUCACCAAACUCACUACCAUCUGGGCCGGCCCCGAUGUCUCCACCGAAGGCAUCACCCCGUCACCCUCGACCACCGAUACUUCACCUACUGCCUCCGCCCAACCCCUCCCGGGUUUCUCCGACUUCAUCCUUGCCCAAUUCGCCCCCCUCACAUGGACUCUCGUCUCCACACCCAACUUCAACCCCAAUGAUGCCCAGAUGCGUAGCGUCCUCCAAGAAGCCGCCACGCUACAAUGGACGAUCCUGCGCAAAAACGGCGCUCCUUACCGCGAUCGUCUUCAGCAGGAAUUAUCGGAUUUGGGCGUCAGUCCGGACGGUGUGCAGGGUUACAUCAGGAGCGUGUCGGGCGAGUUAUUGGCUUUCAAGAAAUUCUUCGCGGGAUUCGUGCAGCAGGCGAGAGCACAGUGA